UCUCUCCACCAGAGUAGACCCAGAUUGUUAGAAAUACUCUCAGAGAUAGAUGUGAGACCCCUAUAGCUAAGACCAGACUUCCUUCAGCUCCACUCCUUAAUAAUUCAUCUGGCUUAUCUUCAAGAGGAAUCUGACGGCAUUACUUUCACUUUCUUAUAAACCCCCCUUGAAAUUCCCCCAGGAAGCCCUGACAAGGCCUCACUCUUAGGGAUCAUCCUCACCUCCCCACAACCUGUCCCAGGCUGCAGAGAGGUGGCUGGAAUGAAUCUCCAGGUCUCAGAAGGCCAUCCUGACCCGGGGACUAAUGUGUUUGUCCCACAGAACCGAGAAGGGCAUGAAGAAAGUACCAGGUCAGGAAGAAACGUCAGUGCAUUUGAGGAUACACAGGACCUGGAAGCUCCAGAUCCCCCACUUUUACCUCCGAUGGCCCCUGAGUGCUCUCAGGAGGCUCUGUCUCCAUGCCACCUGUUGACAGUGAGAGUCAUCCGGAUGAAAAACGUUCGGCAGGCUGAUAUUGUAAGCCAGACAGAUUGCUUUGUGAGCCUCUGGCUGCCCACUGCCUCUCAGAAGAAGCUGAGGACUAGGACCAUCACCAACUGCCCAAACCCAGAGUGGAAUGAAAGCUUCAACUUCCAGAUCCAGAGUCAAGUGAAGAAUGUGCUAGAGCUGAGUGUCUGUGAUGAAGACACAGUGACCCCAGAUGACCAUCUCUUGACAAUCCUCUACGACCUCACCAAGCUCUGCUUCAGAAAGAAAACCCACGUGAAGUUUCCACUCAACCCAGAGGGCAUGGAAGAGCUGGAGGUGGAGUUCCUGCUGGAGGAGAGUCCCUAUCCGCCUGAGACCCUCAUCACCAAUGGCGUGCUGGUGUCUCGACAAGUCUCCUGCCUAGAGGUUCAUGCAGAAGCCAGGAGGCGGAGGAAGAGUAAAAAAAUGCAGGACCUCUUGGUGAUGGUGAGUGAGUCUUUUGAGAACACCCAGCGCAUCCCGCCCUGCCCAGAGUCCUGGUGCCCAAACACUGCCUGCUUCCACUACCCCAAGUAUUUCCAGCCUCAGCUGCACAUGGAGGUGCCCAAGAGUCACUGGAGCUGCCCGCUUUGCUGCUACAGUGCACACAGGAACGGCCCCAUCUGCCAGCCCCUUGACUGCCUUUCUGACGGCCAGGCCAUGACCCUGCCUGUGGGUGAGAAUUAUGAAUUACACAUGAAGUCUACACCCUGCUCCGAGGCGCUGGAUGUGCGGCUGGGCUUCAGCCUGUGCCCAGCAGAGCAGGAGUUCCUACAGAAGCGGAAGGUGGUGGUGGCCGAGGCACUGAAGCAGGUGCUGCAGUUGGACGAGGAUCUGCAGGAGGAUGAGGUACCACUCAUAGCCAUCAUGUCCACUGGGGGUGGAGCAAGAUCCAUGACCUCCAUGUAUGGCCACCUGCUGGGGCUGCAGAAGCUGAACAUCCUGAACUGUGCCAGCUACAUCACUGGCCUGUCAGGGGCCACCUGGACCAUGACUAACUUGUACCAUGACCCUGACUGGUCCUCCAAAAACCUGGAGUCUGCUGUCUUCGAGGCCCGAAGACAUGUGGUCAAGGACAAGCUUCCCUACCUAUUCCCAGACCAGCUCUGCAAAUUCCGGGAGGAACUUCGACAGCGCAGCCAGGAAGGCUACAAGGUCACCCUUACUGACUUCUGGGGCUUGCUGAUAGAGGCCUGUCUCAGGGAUGAGAGAAGUGAAUGCAAACUGUCGGAUCAACGUGCUGCUGUGUGCCAUGGCCAGAACCCCCUGCCCAUCUACCUCACCAUCAAUGUCAAGGAUGAUGUAAGCAACCAGGAUUUCAGAGAAUGGUGCGAGUUCUCCCCCUACGAGGUGGGCCUGCAGAAGUACGGGGCCUUCAUCCCCAGCGAGCUCUUUGGUUCCGAGUUCUUCAUGGGGCGGCUGAUGAAGAGGAUUCCUGAGUCUCCAAUAUGCUACAUGCUAGGUUUGUGGAGCAGCAUCUUCUCCCUGAACCUGCUUGAUGCCUGGAAUCUGUCCCAUACCUCGGAGGAGUUCUUCCACAGGUGGACAAGGGAAAGAGUACACGACAUUGAAGAUGAGCCAAUCCUGCCUGAAAUCCCCAAAUGUGAUGGCAACAUCCUGGAUACCACAGUAGUGAUCCCAGCACCAUGGCUGUCUAAUACUUUCCGAGAAAUCCUCACCCAUCGGACCUUCGUGUCUAAGUUCCACAACUUCCUGUCUGGGCUGCAGCUGCACACUGACUACCUCCAGAAUGGCCAGUUCUCCAAGUGGAAAGACACAGUGCUUGAUGGUUUCCCUAACCAGUUGACGGAGUCCGCCAACCACUUGUGCCUGCUGGAUACCGCGUUCUUCGUCAACUCCAGUUACCCACCACUCCUCAGGCCAGAGCGGAAAGCCGACCUCAUCAUCCACCUCAACUACUGUGCCGGGUCCCAGACAAAGCCCCUGAAGCAGACCUGUGAGUACUGCAGCGUGCAGAACAUCCCCUUCCCCGAGUAUGGGGUGGAGCAUGACGACAAAAACCUCAAGGAGUGCUACCUGAUGGAGAACCCCCAGGAGCCCGAUGCCCCUAUCGUGAUUUUCUUCCCACUCAUCAAUGACACCUUCCAAAAGUACAAGGCACCAGGUGUGGAGCGAAGCCCCGAGGAACUAGAGCAGGGGCAGGUGGAUAUCUAUGGCCCCAAAACUCCCUACGCCACCAAGGAACUGACUUACACAGAGGCCAACUUCGACAAGCUGGUGAAGCUCUGUGAGUACAACAUCUUAAAUAACGAUGACAAGCUCCUUCAGGCCCUGCGACUGGCAGUGGAGAAAAAGAAACGCCUGAAGACCCAGUGUCGCUCCUAGGCCCCGGGGAGGCUCGUGGAUCCUGUGUUGGCUUCUACAAUCAGAAGCACAGAACCCAUCAGGGCCAAGCAGACUGCGCAGCCAGCUGCGCUCUCUGACAAGGGGUGCAGCCAGGUUGGCCUGGGCAUUUAACAAAAAUAAAAAUUGUAAUAAGCUGGGAAAGACAGAAAGAGAGACGGAGACAAUGGAAAAUAAGAAACUGGACUGGGGUUUUACACCCACUGGAAUUUCUUUAAGUGCUUUUCUGCAGAGAAGACGGACUGAUGGCCACAGCUCCCACUCCUGCCUAAACCGAGGAGGGGAAAGCCUGGGGAAGAGGCUAGUCCCAGAAACCUCCAUCAGACCUGGAAUUCGAGGGCCGGGCCGACAGCCCUCCCCUCUCUACCCCGCCUCUGCCCUCCCUGCAGGUGGUGGCCUAAGGGAAGGCACAGGAGGACCUGAGAAGCACUCUGGGUUUCUCUGAGAAAACUCUUUUCAGAUUUUAAGGCAAUUAUGUUUUUGUGAUUUUUAUAGACAAUUAUGCUUUCUGAUUUUUAUUUUUAUGGAUCAGGUAUUACUAGGAAGCAUCAGGCUGGAAGAUCUAGAUGGAGCCCUAGAGAUUUUCUGGUCUGUGCCACAACAAAGCCAAACAGGUAACCGAGUUCAGCUGGAACUCUUCAGCCACUCAGGGCCCCAGGGCUGGUGAUCUACAUGAUCACAGCCAGGCAGCCACAUCUAAGUGUACAGCUCCAGUAAAAAGCCAGGCAUAAUGCAGCUCAGGAUCCCCAAAUGAGCACUGGGAUACAGUUCGGAGAGGUCUGGGCCUCCCUGCUGCUGCGGGUGAAUAAAGGCAGGUGCCAAAAGGGCAGUGCUGUCCCUGCUGCCCACUCUAAUAGCUGAGGCUCUCUGCUGGGCCUGCUCCAAGAGCGGCACUCAGCUCUCUUACCACACUAUCGCUCUGGUUCCCAAAUGGGAUUAUUUAUUUCUAAAUGUGAUUCCUCUUAUUGAUCACAUAAACAGUACAUGCCAGCUUUUCCUUGACGGUCAUCAAAAGAGAAUGAAAUUAGGAAGAAUUUACUCAAAAAGGACAAGGCAAGGGAAGAAAAAGGAGAACCACAUCCUUGGAGAGGGUUUCCCAGUGAGUCUUUGGGAACCCAAAGUAAACCAGCCUUUCUUCACUUUGGGACCUUAACGAAAGAAAUGCGUAACCAGAGACGCUGACAGUCACCAGCCCAGAGAAGGUGAAUCUAGAAAGGGUGGGAAGACAUGUGGUCCAUAUGAAGUUCAGCAAACCUGGAAGGCAGGGUACUUGCUCCCAAGCAUCAACCUUUACUGUGAGCAGAUGAGUGGUGACAGGACCCAAAAGUUUAGAAAAGAUGGCACCUGACGUAUUACUCAAAAUGUGAUAGGGAAUUGGUUAGAAAUGCAGAAUUUCAGGCCUCCGCCCAGCCACACCAAUCAGAACCUACAUUUUAAGAAGAUUCCCACCUCUGCUCCCCAGAUGAUUCCUAUGCAUAUUAAAGUUUACGAGGCAUGGAUUUAUGCCUCUCUGUCUCAGAAGUUUGGAAAGCAUGAAUCAAUGCUCCCUGAGUCACUGAGAAACUAGGCUUCUAGACCUGCAAAACUGGUGCCUGCCUCCUUGUCUCUUUUUUUCUUUUCGUUUUUUUUUUUUUCUGCAGUGAGCCAAGCGGCAGGCCUUGUUGGUUGUAAAGUGAAGACAGCUAUGCCUAGGAUUCAUCAAAUUAUGUCAAAUGAAGCUUAUAAAGUCUUUUUACUAUUGGAGCAUAGAAUAAAAUGGCCAUGUUGGUAAAUGCUAUUGGCUCACCUGCUUUCAUUAUCUGAUACUGCAAAGCAUGUCUAACUCCUGGCCCCAUUCCUCCCUCCAGGCCUCCUACUCAUCAGUCCUCCCAUCCCUCCUGUGCUCAGACUGGUGUGUUUCUCACUGCAGGGGCCCAUCUUCUUGCCCUGAGGUGCUCCUCUGUUUUUACAAAGCCAUAUUAUCAACUAGUGGAGCACCCACCAUGCAGAUCCAUGCUCCUUCACACUCAGGCUAUUCAGGAAACAAUGAGAAGAAGCAAAGACUAUUAACAUCCACGGGGCACCUACUUUGUACACACAAACUAUAAACAGUCUAUGCUUUCCAGGAACUUAGAGUUUGAUUGGGGGGAAAUACAGAAAGAUUUUUAUGUGUAUAUGAGAAUUUAAAUACUGAGUUAGCUGCUGAAAUGACAAAAGGAUUAUCAACUCUGAUAAGGACAUGCAGAGUCCUGCAGAGGUCAGGGGAGUCUCUUGUCCCAGUGCCCUGCUCUCUGCCUGUAAGUAUG